GGUGGUUGAGAGCAUUUUCGACGUCUGAAGGUGGUCCAGAGAUGACUCAACCACCGGUGCUCCAUGAUUGAUAGAAUAUAUUUUUGGAAUAAUGUCUUGCACCAGGUUACGGCACAUACCAUAAUUUGGAUGUAACAUGACCUUGACACAUAUACGCUCCAACCGCCGAGAUCUGCAGGCCGAUCAGGGCCAGCCCGGGGGAUAGGGAGGGUCGGAUGCAGUGGACGCAAUGGACGCAGUAUUAUGCACAGUAGCGAGGGUGCCGACACCGCUCUUUAUCAGCCCUUCCGUGCUGACGGCAAUCCUUUGGCGCGGCUUCCCUUCCACAAUCCCGCCAAUCUGGGGAUCGUCACGCUGCGGAAUCGCGCAACAUGGCAUGAACUUCCAUGCUGCAGCAGGGAUUUCCUCCUUGAGGCUUAUGGCCCAUCUGGCGGUAAGCAGAAGAGAUCUGCAUCUCAGCCAUGUCCAAUAGCGCCCACUUGCUUGCCCGUUUUGGUAGUCGAGUUGUGCCAGCCUUGCAAGCGUGGGGGGCCUAAGCAUACCGUCAACCAUUCACGUCAGCUUGUUGGUCUCGUCCCACCUGCAACGGCCAGAGAAAUCGUGCAGAACCAUGACUCGAAGUCGCAUUUUUGUUAUCCCUUUUUUUGUCUUCCGUUUGUGAUACAUCCUCGAUGUCCCCUGUCCUUCAUACUUUCUUUUUCGAUUCUCUAUUUUUAUGCGGGACUUGGUGAGUCCGCGGCCCUCCCUGAGGCUGAGACCUCUGCCUAGACAGGGAGCCUCCCACGACACGCGAAUGCCGCAUGCAUAUUGUGCUGCAUACUCAACUACCGCGCAACUAUAGUCCUGGGUCUGUGAGCUAACAUUCUAGCCCGAGCUAUCUUGUCAGCA